UUUGCCCAAGAUACGAGCCGGUGCUUUGGCAAUGGUGUGAUACAAAAUCGUUGUAUGGUAACACGUCGUUCGUGUUCUUGGUUAUCUAUGAGUAGCGGACGAGAGAAACAAGCAUGAAACGAACAGCUUGUCUUUUUGCACUUUGUUUUUACAUUCUAGCCACGUAUUCUAAGGCCGAAGAUAUUUUAGGUUGUGGUGGAUUUUUGAAAAGUCAUGUCAAUAUUGAUUUUGCUAAAGUACAAAUAAAAUUAUACACGAAAGCUGGCAGUCUUAAGGAUUUUACAGAGUGUGCGCCUAACAAUGGAUAUUAUUUCCUUCCUUUAUAUGACAAGGGAGAAUAUGUUUUAAAGGUGGAUCCACCUAGAGGAUGGAGUUUCAAGCCUACAGAAAUCUUGUUGUUUGUAGAUGGAACUACAGAUGCCUGCAGUCAGGGCAAAGACAUUAACUUUACCUUCAAAGGUUUUGGUAUCACAGGAAAGGUUACCAGUUUAGGAUUGGAUUCUGGUCCUAAAGGUGUUAUGGUGUCACUGUACAAAGAAAGCAAUGAACAAGAUCCUGUUGGUACAACCUUCACCAUGAAAGGUGGAAUAUUUUAUUUCACUCCAAUACAACCUGGACAAUAUGUACUCGUCGCGUCUCAUCCUACCUGGAUGUUGAAAACAGAUACGGUUAAAGUAACUCUACAAGAAGGCAACACCGAACUUUCCGACGGUAGUUUAGUAAUCUAUGGCUACGAUGUGAGCGGUCGAGUUACCAGCGAAGAAGAAGCAGUUAGCGGUGUAACAUUUGUAUUAUUUGGCAACGGUGUAGCCAGAAAUUGCGCAACGACACCUAUAAGCGAAGAUCUCGAGUCUAAAAAGCCACUGUGUCACGUUGUGUCGGACAAAAGUGGUAAAUUCGUGUUUCCAAGUUUAUCACCUGGCGAAUAUAAACUCGUACCGUAUUAUGCCGGUGCGCAAACUAAAUUCGACGUUCAACCGCCUGAAUUGUCGUUCAAAGUGAAUCACAGCAGCAUCAUAUUACGUCAAGGAUUCAAAGUUACCGGUUUCACGGUAAAUGGCGUCGUCCGUGUUGCCAAUGACGGAGAUCCUUUGCCAGGAGCAAAAGUUUUACUCUUCCAGAAGCAAGUCGCCGUUACGGAUAAACACGGAAAAUAUGUAUUGGAUAACAUGAAAGCCGGUCAAUAUACACUCAGAGCUGAAAGCGAAGAUUUAAUGUUCGACGACAAGUUGGUCAAGAUCUCACCCAGCUCUCCGGAAUUUCCCGUUUUGACACCAGCAGCGUAUAAAGUUUGCGGCAAAGUCAUUUUAUCGACGAAAGGAGCUUUGGACUAUCGGAAAGUUUCUAUCCAGAAUACAGCUGCUACGUUCAGCAAAGAAAUUGAGACAGAUGCAAAGACGGGGGAAUUUUGCAUCUAUCUCAAUCCUGAUACGUAUCAAUUGAGUGUUAUCGUGAGCGCCGAUGAAAGAGCAGAAGGUUUACAAUUUUUCCCAUUGCAACAAACCAUCUACGUGUCGUCCCAACCGAUGCGCAACAUUAACUUCCUCCAAUUGAAAGCUACAUUAACUGGGACGGUGAUAUGUUUACCAGAAACCGAUUGCAGUCAGGCAUCCGUAACGUUGAAAAUGCUCGACGAUGUCGUAAUAAAAACGAUUCAAGCAAAAGGCGGCCAAUACCAAUUUACCGAAGUGCUACCUGGUCAUUACGAGGUACUAAUUGACAACGAUGUUUUCUGUUGGGUGAACCCCAGUUACAGAAUUUCUGUAACCUCGGAACGAUCUGAAUUACCGCCGUUCAGACAAAGUGGAUUUUCCGUUACUUUCAUAUCUUCUCACGAUACUAUGGUCGAAUAUUUGAAAGCAAACGAAUUGAGCAAGUUAACGUUGAACAAAGGAAGUACGAAGCAUUGCGUACUCGAGCCUGGAGUCUACACGUUCACGCCGAAAAGUUGUCACGUUUAUGAGAAAUCAUCUUUCACGUGGGACACCAAUACCGUGUCGCCUAUUUUGCUGCAUUCUACAGAACACAGCCAUGCAGGGAACAUUUUAACUCGAUCUGCGUUGGAUGAAAUUAAAGUAAAAAUCGAGAAUGCGACGGGCGACGUUACAAUUCUUGGUCCAUUGAAGUCGACACGCGACGAAGACACGUACAAGUACAAAUUCGAAUUUAAGGCAAAGACGGACAACGUUUAUGCUAUAACACCGUUAUCGAAUAUUCUCCUGUUUAGUCCGGCAUCUCUAAAAGUGUUGGGUGUGAACGACUGUCAAGACGACAUUGCUACGUUUGUGAGUGAUCUAGGAAAGAUAAUUGCUGGUAGAAUUAAUCCACCGUUGGAAGGAGUUACCGUGCAAAUAUUUGGCAACGACAAAAUGGAACCUAUGCACACUCUGAUCACACAAAAAGAUGGAACGUACAGUGUCGGACCUUUGGAUAGGAAAGUGGAAUACAGUGUUACUGCGGAAAAAGAAGGAUUCGUGAUCACAGGACCCGAUUCCAACGGAGCGUUCGUGGCUCAUAAAUUAGCCGAAAUCAUCGUACAAGUUUCCGACCAGGCUGACAACGUGUCUCUGCAAGGUGUGUUGCUGUCACUGUCCGGAGGACAGAGUUAUCGAAAGAACAGCAUCACCGGUGAGGAGGGGAAAUUGGUAUUCAAUUCUUUAUCCCCUGGCGAGUAUUAUUUGAGACCCAUGAUGAAGGAAUACCGUUUCGAUCCACCGUCGAAAAUGAUCAAAAUCGUCGAAGGUGCCACGGUAAGGAUAAAUUUAUUUGGGAAAAGAGUGGCGUUCAGCGUAUACGGCUCCGUGACGUCGUUAAACGGCAAACCUGAGGUCGGUUUGCUAGUCGAGGUUCAGGGACAAGGGGACUGUGACAACCUUCAAGAAGAAGCAACCACGGAGGAGAACGGUGGCUUUCGAAUCCGGGGACUUCAACCAACGUGUACGUACGAGUUCCGUCUGAAAUCGAGCGCCGAGGCUAAUGCGCAUAUUCAACGCACCAGUCCUGUCUCAACGACAGUGCAAACUUCGUCGGACAUCCGAGGUCUCCGAUUAGUCGCGUUUUACCCGAUAUCGCGCACCGACGUUUCCGUACACGUGGUGUCCAUGCAGCCGGAACACUACCGCACGUUGAAGGUGAAACUCUGCCGGGAAGAUACGCCCGAUUCGCCGAUACACCUGUCAAAGUUGGAGACUCAGCAACUGAGUAAGAUCGGCAGCGCGUACAACGCUGGUUUCCUCAUGCAUUUGCCUCCGUUGCAGACAGACGGUAAAAAGUAUUUCAUGCAGUUGGAGUCCUCGUUGUCUCGCACGUUGCACAAGUAUAAAACCAUACCGUUCUAUUUCGAGGCAAAUUCAUCGUUCAAGUACGUAAAAUUGACGUUCAACGCGGAACGAAAGAUCGACCACAGCGAUAUGAAUCAAACGUCCAUAGUCGCGUUACCUUUCAUCAUGUUUAUCACGAUCGGGUUUUUCAAUCGGGAGAAACUGUGGCUAUGGUUGAACACUUUGAUCGAAAAGUGGUCGAAACCGGUGCCGAUCUCGAGAACUCCGGUACAAGCUGUCCCUAUCGAUCCGAGAGCGGACGACAUUAUAGUCGAGCAAAUAAUGAACAUCAACAAAAGGAAAACCAAACCACGUAAGACGUAAUUGUUUCUUUCUUUCUUUUUUUUUUU